AUGGGCGAUGCUGAGAGCAGCGGACUUCUUGUGCCCUUUUCCUCUGUGGGGGAGAAAGUGGCUGAUGGUCCGCGAGUCGUGGCUCGCGUCUCUGGAUCCCCGCACUGGCCGCUUCGAAGGAGUCAUGCUCAUGGACCCCGCCUUUCACAUCUCCAUCCGACGGAGCCUCUAUCCCUUCAAAAAGUACAUAUCAGUCAAGAACCUCUCCAACCCAUUGCGACACGAAAGCAUCUCCCGUUCGAUCUCGUUGUCAGUGCAGUGGCAUUUCGAGACCACAGCGGUCGCGUUCUUCUCGAUUGGUUCCAGUACCUCUUAGAAACUUCCCUGACGACAGCCAGGGCAUUCACCGAGUGGAACCGUUUCGGGAGUUUCGUACCGAUGAGGAGAGACACUCCUGCGGUCUGGUUUGUGGACGGCAGGGAUUACAUGAGCGCAGUGGCAGAUGCUCUGGAGAAUGCAAAGCAGGACAUCUUCAUCUGCGAUUGGUGGCUCAGCCCCGAAAUCUAUCUGAAGAGACCCGUUCAAGGAGAGUAUUGGAGGCUCGACAACAUCCUGGGAAGGAAAGCGGAACUGGGGGUGAAGGUGUUCGUCCUCUUGUACAAAGAAGUCGGAUUGGCUCUCCCCAUUAACAGCUACCAUACGAUGACGGCAUUGAAGUCUAAGGGAGGAAAGAACAUUCAGGUCUUGAGGCACCCGACGCUAUUGAAGGGGGCGUUCUAUUGGGCACACCAUGAGAAGGUGGUGGUGAUCGAUCAGACUUUGGCAUUCAUCGGUGGCAUCGACCUGUGCUUUGGCAGGUGGGACGACCAUCGGCACAGGUACUCACAUGAUGCAAAAUGUCAAGAGUCCGGCCAAGGCCAGACAGCAGAUGAGAGUGAAUCCGAGGGAAGCGACGAGACCACCGAUGAGAAGGAGGGGAAGAAAGAAGCGGAAGAGAAGAAGGGCGAGAUAGGAAAACUGAGAAACCUGAGAAAGAAGAUCAAGGAGAGGAUGAAGGAGGAAAUGAGACGAAGGCUUCGUUCCAGGAGACCUAUUGACGCGUCCGAAAUCUCAUCAGACGUCUCUUCCUUGCAACCUCACAGACCCAAGCAAUGCGACGUGGGAAAGGGAGAGAGAGGAGCAGGAAAAAAUGAUGAAGAGAAUAAGGAAGAAAGGAAGAAAUGGGUAGAGCCCCCGGAGAAGCAAGUCCACCUCUGGCCUGGCCACGACUACACCAAUUUCAUCGUUGCUGAUUUCGCCGAACUCCAUCUCCCCUACAAAGGUAGCCCUACCCAAAGACCUUUUACUAAGAAGACUGGACACUGCGCGAAAGCAGGGUAA